CCAAAUGGAUUCUAAGGGUUUUUUUUUUUUGUAUAAAGUUUCUGUGCAAUUUCUUCGGAUUUCUUUCUUCUUUUUUUUUUCUGCUUAGUAUUGAUGCCCGGGAACUGCGCUUCUCUCGUUCAAUGAUCUUUGCCAUCGAAGAGAUAAAUAAUCGCAUGGAUCUGCUGCCAGGCAUCAAACUCGGAUAUCAGAUCUACGAUUCAUGUGCGUCCGUGCCCGUCGCCGUCCACGUGGCGUUCCAGCUGUCAAACGGCCAGGACCCCGUGUUUUACAAAGGCUCCAACUGUUCUCGGUCCGGCAUGGUGAUGGCUGCCAUUGGUGAAUCUGGAUCUACACCAUCCAUCAGCAUGUCACGCAUCAUGGGCUCUUUUAACAUCCCUCAAGUGAGCCACUACGCCACUUGUGCUUGUCUGUCAGAUAAGCAACACUACCCAAAUUUCUUCAGAACGAUUCCCAGUGACCAGUUCCAAGCUGACGCCCUGGCCAAGCUGGUGAAACACUUUGGUUGGACUUGGAUAGGAGCUGUCCACUCGGACUCGGAUUAUGGGAAUAGCGGCAUGGCGUCUUUUCUUGAAGCGGCUCUCAGAGAGGGGAUCUGUGUGGAGUACUCUGAAUCUUUCUUUAGAACUGACCCAGGCAGCAAGAUUCAAAGAGUCGCUGACGCCAUCCGCAGGUCAACAGCCAUGGUUGUUGUGGCAUUUAUUGCCUCUGGAGACAUGAGGGUCCUGCUGGAGGAGCUGGAUCGUGCUCCUCCACCACCUCGCCAGUGGAUUGGCAGUGAGUCCUGGGUGACCGACACUUUCAUGGUCAGAUACAGUUUCUGUGCGGGGGCCAUUGGAGUUGCUAUUCCGCAGUCUGUCAUCCCAGGCCUGAGAGAUUUCCUCCUGGGUCUCUCUCCCUCUGAAGCGGCUGCCUCCCCACUGCUUACUGAGUUCUGGGAGGAUGCAUUCAACUGCAGCCUGACAAAAAGUCCUGCUGCAAACAACGGCGAGUGUGACGGAACGGAAGACCUGAAAAGGCUGGAGAACCCGUACACCAAAACAUCUCAGCUGAGAGUGACUAACAUGGUGUACAAGGCCGCUUAUGCCGUAGCGCAUGCUUUUCACAAUGCACUGUGUCGGAAAAUAAACUCCACCAUUCAGUGUGACAAAUUCAUCAAACUGAAUGCAAAUCAGAUUUUUUCUGAAAUAAAGAAAGUCAAUUUUUCUCAAAAUGGUUACCAUGUCUCGUUUGAUGCUAAUGGGGAUCCCAUAGCUGCGUAUGAGGUGGUCAACUGGCAAACAACUGAGAGUGGAGGCACUGAGGUAGUGACUGUGGGUUAUUAUGAUGCGUCAUUGCCAGGAGGACAGCAGGUCCAGAUCAAUAGGAACAUAACGUGGAUGGAGGGAGGAUCACAAGUUCCAGUGUCAGUUUGCUCAGAGAGUUGUCCUCCAGGAACUCGUAAAGUGUUGCAGAAAGGAAAACCAAUCUGCUGCUAUGACUGUAUACCAUGUCCUGAAGGAGAGAUCAGUAAUAUGACAGACUCGCCUGAUUGCUUCCCAUGCCCCAGAGAGUUCUGGCCAAAUGCAAACAGAGAUGCUUGCAUCCCCAAACCUGUGGAGUUUCUUUCCUUCGAUGAAGUCCUGUCAAUCAUCCUGGCUGCAUUCUCAAUGAGUGGAGUCUUUCUGGCCAUCAUCACAGCAGUGAUUUUCUUCCAUCACAGAACAACUCCAAUUGUCAGAGCCAACAAUUCUGAGCUGAGUUUCCUACUUCUUUUUGCUUUGACUCUGUGUUUCUUAUGUUCAUUAACUUUCAUUGGAGCCCCCUCUGAGUGGUCCUGCAUGCUGCGGCACACAGCGUUUGGCAUCACAUUUGUUCUCUGUAUCUCCUGUGUUCUUGGGAAAACUAUAGUGGUUCUAAUGGCCUUUAAAGCUACACUUCCUGGUAGUAAUGCAAUGAAAUGGUUUGGACCUCUACAACAAAGAAUGACUGUCAUGUCUUUUACAUUUAUUCAGGUUAUAAUAUGUAUCAUUUGGUUGGUUGUGAGUCCUCCCUUCCCAGUGAAAAAUCUGACCACCUACAAGGAGAAGAUCAUCCUGGAAUGUGCGUUAGGCUCUGCUGUUGGUUUCUGGGCUGUGCUCGGCUACAUCGGCCUGCUGGCUGUGUUUUGCUUUGUGUUAGCUGUUCUAGCUCGGAAACUACCUGAUAAUUUCAACGAAGCCAAGAUGAUAACCUUCAGCAUGUUGAUAUUCUGUGCAGUCUGGAUCACCUUCAUCCCAGCUUAUGUCAGCUCUCCUGGAAAAUUUACUGUGGCUGUGGAGAUAUUUGCUAUUCUGGCCUCCAGUUUUGGACUGAUACUGUGUAUAUUUGCUCCAAAGUGUUUCAUUAUUUUGUGUCAGCCAGAGAAGAACACUAGGAAAUAUUUGAUGACUAAAAAAUAA